UUAAAGCUCAAGGGUUUUGUUUGGUUUUGUUUUCGAUGGACGCGCGCAAAGUGAUCGCUGUGCAGAAUGCAUCUGACACCCUUGUCAAGAGGCUCGUCAGGAGGAGGAAACGUGUGGAGGUCAAGUAUGAGUUGGAGGAUGAGGCUGGCACCUCGCCAGCCAGCCAGGAGCAGGAGGCCACAGCAAUAGCAGAGAGCAAUGGUGGCAGUGGCAGUGGUGGAGGUGGAGAUGGAGAUAGCAUAUGGGAGCCACCCCUUUGGAAGCAGGUCCUGGAGAAUCUCCAGACCAUGAGGGCUGCAAGGGAUGCCCCGGUGGAUAGCAUGGGAGCCGAGCAAUGCAUGGAUCAAGGGGCCGAGCCAAAGGUGUACCGCUUCCAGGUGCUCAUUUCCCUCAUGCUGAGCAGCCAGACCAAGGACCAGGUAACCCAUGCUGCCAUGACCAAGCUGCGCCAGCACGGCCUCACCCCUGACAGCCUCCUGGCCACCCCUGAUGCCACCCUGGGAGAACUCAUCUACCCUGUGGGCUUCUGGAAGAAAAAGGUUGUUUAUAUUAAAAAGACUUGUGAGAUCUUGAAGAGGGAUUAUGAGGGAGACAUCCCACCCACAGUGAAGGAAAUGUGUCAGCUGCCAGGGGUGGGGCCCAAGAUGGCUCACCUAUGUAUGGACAUUGGCUGGGGCAAGCUGACUGGCAUUGGCGUGGACACUCACGUUCACCGCAUCAGCAACAGGCUGGGAUGGACGCGGCGCCCAACCAAGACUCCUGAGGAAACCCGCCUGGCCCUGGAAGCCUGGAUGCCCAAGGAGCUGUGGAGUGACACCAACCUCCUGAUGGUUGGGUUUGGCCAGCAGGUGUGUGUUCCUGUUGGCCCCAAGUGUGGUGAGUGCCUCAACAAGGCUCUGUGUCCCUUUGGCAGAAAUGCUCUUCUUGCCUCUCCAAAGAAAGGCUCUCCUAGGAAAUCACAGAAGAGAAAAGGACAAGAAUAAGUUCAGUAUCACAUCUUGGCAUUCUUAUUACGGCAGAUGUGCUUCCCAAGAUGAUGGUCGUGUUUAUACUCCUUAAAUAAAAGUCAUAAAGGUAGCCAUGCUCAUGAAGUCAUCACAAGCAGCUUCAUUAUAUUAUAUAAAGAGAUAUUGUACAUAUAUUGCAUCCUUUUACAGAAUUUACAAGUAGAAUUAUGAUUAUUUUUUUGUAAUUCUAGAGAUGAAAAUGUGCUUGUAUUACAUGGCUUUUAAUACAAGAAUUUUCCUAUUCAUGUAUUAUACAUUUUAUAUUUUUAACAUGCACCUUUUUAUACCUUUCAGAUUUUUUUUGUUUUUUUUUGUGCCCUUUCUUCAUCACUUAGCAUUCUAAACUGGAUCUACAUUUAGCAGCUACUAGUGGUAAUUAAGAAUGAUUUUCAAAUCUAUGAUGAAUGCCAGUCCUCAAACAGUCUGGUAAUGGCACCAGCCAAUAUCUUCAGUAUCAUGUUCAACCAAAGGAACUCAGGGAUCAUAGAUAUUUGCCAGCAGUGAUGUAUGAUGUCAUAGGAUGAGUAAUGGAUACCAAAUCUAAUGGAGUUUACAGUGAACUUAAAUAUGUUUGUACUUUUAAAAUAAAUAAAAAUAAUUUCAGGA